CUCAAUGGCCAAGAGAUAGUAGUUAUGUUAGGAGCCCACGCGCUUGGACGGUGCCACACAGAUGGAUCAGGCUCUAGUGAUUCUUGGACCAUUUCGCCUACUAUUCACACAUACGAUCUCUAUAAACUCCUACUACAAGAGAAAUGGCAGUGUAAGUGGGACCAACCUGCUCAGUACGAUGGCGCAGCAACCGUAAGAUUAAUGAUACUACCAACCGACUUCGCCCUUAUC